UCCAUUGCUCCCAUGGAUCCCUUGAAUCUAUCCUGGUAUGAUGAUGACCUGGAUGGCCGGAAUUGGUCCCAGUCCUUGAAUGGCUCCGAGGCAAAGGCAGACAAGCCCCACUACAACUACUAUGCCAUGUUGCUCACCCUGCUCAUCUUCGUCAUCGUCUUUGGUAAUGUGCUAGUGUGCAUGGCUGUGUCUCGAGAGAAGGCCCUUCAGACCACCACCAAUUAUCUAAUUGUCAGCCUUGCUGUGGCCGACCUCCUCGUGGCCACACUAGUCAUGCCCUGGGUCGUCUACCUGGAGGUGGUGGGAGAGUGGAAGUUCAGUCGGAUUCACUGUGAUAUCUUUGUUACUCUGGAUGUAAUGAUGUGCACUGCAAGCAUCCUCAACCUUUGUGCCAUCAGCAUCGACAGGUACACAGCCGUAGCUAUGCCAAUGCUCUACAACACCCGCUACAGCUCCAAGCGCCGUGUCACCGUCAUGAUCACCGUUGUCUGGGUUCUGUCCUUCGCCAUCUCCUGCCCUCUGCUCUUUGGGCUCAACAACACAGAUCAGAAUGAGUGCAUCAUUGCCAAUCCUGCCUUUGUUGUCUACUCCUCCAUCGUCUCCUUCUACGUACCCUUCAUCGUCACCCUGCUCGUCUAUGUUCAGAUUUACAUCGUCCUUCGAAAGCGCCGGAAGCGUGUCAACACCAAGCGCAGCAGCCGGGGGGUGGAAUCUGAUGCACAGGCCCCACUCAAGGACAAAUGCACUCACCCUGAUGAUAUGAAGCUCUGCACUAUUAUCGUGAAAUCCAAUGGGAGUUUCCCAGUGAACAAGAGGAAAGUGGAGGCUGCACGCCGUGAACAGAUGGAGAUGGAGAUGAUGUCCAGCACCAGCCCACCGGAGAAAACCAAAUACAGCCCCAUCCCUCCAAGCCACCAUCAGCUCACCCUCCCUACCCCCUCCACCCAGGGAGUCCAUUCUUCCCCUGACAGCCCCAUAAAGCCAGAGAAGAAUGGGCAUGCCAAAGGCCACCACCCCAGGUCUGCCAAAGUCUUUGAGAUCCAGUCUAUGCCCAAUGGCAAAACUCGGACUUCACUCAAGACCAUGAGCCGGAGGAAACUUUCCCAGCAGAAGGAGAAAAAAGCCACCCAGAUGCUGGCCAUCGUCCUUGGAGUGUUUAUCAUCUGUUGGCUGCCGUUCUUCAUCACCCACAUUUUGAAUAUGCACUGUGAUUGCAACAUUCCACCUGCCAUGUACAGUGCAUUCACAUGGCUGGGCUAUGUCAACAGUGCUGUCAACCCCAUCAUUUAUACUACUUUUAACAUCGAGUUCCGCAAAGCCUUCCUGAAGAUUCUCCACUGCUGA